AUGGGUUUCCACACCAUCGUCGACCGGUCACCGCUGGCCGCAUAUGUUCGCUCCAUCCGCUCCGCCCUUCGACAAGUCAUCUGCAAUGGCAACUUGAUCUUCACCUCCCUACUCAUUGCAAUGAGUGCUAUUCCUCUGACAUGGGACCAGGGCUCGUCGUCCGUCGUCUCCCUUCUCCCUGGCUUCCAGCACCACUUCGGCCUUAGCUCAGGUACGGCAUCGAGUGACAUCAAGAUAUUUGUGUCCAUUGUCUACGUCGGCUACGCUGUCGGUGCUGCCUUGUCUUUCUUCAUCAACGACCGCAUCGGCCGCUUGUGGUCUUAUCGCCUAUACAUUCUCGUAUGGAUCGUUGGCCAAAUAACAGCCGCCCUCGCCCCUGGCUUAACGGGUUUGUAUGCGUCACGUAUAGUAUCGGGGCUGAGUCUUGGUUCGCUCAGUGUUAUUGGACCAAUGACUCUCGUGGAGAUUGCACCGAGUGAGAUUCGUGGCCUCCUCACCUCCUGGUUUGCGGUUGCGAUGGCCCUGUCAUCUUUCACGUCUAUCUUCUGCGUGUAUGGUGUCUACGUCCACCUACCCUCUAGCAACAUGCAGUACCAAAUUGUGUGGUUUGCUCCCGCCAUCUUCAUGUUUCUCUGUGCCAUAUCGACCUUUUUCAUCUGCGAGUCCCCUCGGUGGCUUCUCAUGGUUAAUAGACGAGAAGAGGCCAUUGUCGCCCUCGUUCGACUUCGCGGCUUGCCUGCCCAGAAUUCCCGUGUAUUGGCAGAACUUUCCGACAUCGAAAUAUCACUGGAAAAAGGCGGUGCUAGAUCUAGUGACACCCUGUCCCUGCUUAAGGAGAUGUUCACAAUGCGUUCAAAUCUGCGCCGUCUGCAACAGUGCCUCAUAUCCUACGCUUUAGCACGGCUUUCUGGAGCCAAUUCCAUCACAUCUUACUUUGUCCCCAUUAUGAAGUUGCUGGGUGUUGGGGGAGGCAACGAGGAGAGCAUGUUUCUUAGUGGAAUGUAUUCCUUCAGCAAACUCUGGUUCAUCCUCAUUGCGUCAUUCUUUCUGGUUGACGGCCUUGGCCGUCGACGGUCUCUUUUCCUUGGAAUCACGGUACAGAUGGUUUCACACAUUUACAUUGCUGUUUUCAUAAAAUACAUCCAACAGGGACCCGUGUCAAAAAGUGCAUCGCGAGCGGCUAUCGCGGCCAUCUUCAUCCAUGCAUUUGGUUACUCUGUGGGGCUGUUUAUUCUUCCAUACGUAUUUGGCGGUGAAUUGUGGCCGAAUCACCUUCGCACUCUUGGUGGCGCACUGGGACAGACCUUCCACUGGUUGUUCAUCUACGCCAUGUCAUACAGUACACCAGAGCUCCUUCACUCAACUAAUAAUUGGGGCGCAUUUCUAUUCUUUGCCGGGUUUUGCUUCCUGGUAUUAACAUACGUGUUCUUCGUCGUACCUGACACGACGGGUAUAAGCGUUGAACGAGUAGAGGAGCUUUUCAACGGUCCAUGGUUCACAGCGUACAAGCGCACGAACCGACUAGACGUUGUGGAGAGUGUUGAAACUAGCGACGACGGGAAAAGACUCGAAGAUAAUAUUGUCAAGGAUUGA